UUCACUAGUAAGGGGGGUAAAGUUUGAUCCUCUUUCUCGAGGAUCAUAGUUACAUGUUUUUCCUCCUCCCGUUAGUGAAGGGAAGGAUUCUGCUUGUUUUUUUGUCGGCUAUUUUCCCUUUUCAAAAUUAGCCAACAUUUCGGCUUAAAUUGAACAAUUUAGAGUUCGCCGUAGUGCAAUUUCGUCUAGGCUAUAGGUUCAAACAGUUUACUAGCAAUUUGUUUUCUUUUUUACGUUGGCGAGCUUUUUUUAUUUUCUUCCUGAUGACUAUGCUUCUUGACAGCGGUCCACAGUUCUCGGCGCUAGGUGUUGGGGGCUUUGCAACGCCGAGACACCAUGAGAUGGGGAACAGGGACGGUGGGUUCAAUCCCUUCGGAGAUUCUUCCCAUUCCGCAGCAUUCAAACUCAGCCCCGUGACUCACGAUAUCAGCUCCAGUCAGACAUCCGCGUUCACCGCGCAAGCCUCCGGAUACGCAGCUGCCCUCGGACACCACCACGGCGGGCAAGUGGGCUCAUACAGCAGCGGUGCUUUCAAUUCCACCAGGGACUUUUUGUUAAGGAACCGCGGAGGUGGCAUCGGAGAGUCCGCAGCAAGUAGUGCUCAACAUGGAAUCUUCGGUCCUUCGACGGGUAGUCUUCACGGACCCCCUGGGCUCUCUGAUAACCCGGGGCAUCUCCUAUUUCCUGGUCUGCACGAGCAGUCGGCGAGUCACCAUUCCCCUAAUGGACACAUAGUAAACAGUCAAAUGCAUUUGGGUUUACGCGGGGAUAUUUUUGGAAGACCAGACCCUUACCGACCAGUCGCCAGCCCCCGCACGGACCAUUAUGGCACUGCUCAACUUCACAACUACAGUCAUCCGAUCAAUAUGAACAUGGGAAUGAACGUUCCCCCACACCACGGCCCCGGAGCGUUCUUCAGAUACAUGAGGCAACCGAUAAAACAAGAAAUGUCCUGUAAAUGGAUUGACGAGAAUCAGAUGAACCGACCCAAAAAAACAUGCGAUAGGACUUUCAGCACCAUGCACGAAUUGGUGACGCAUGUCUCCAUGGAACAUGUUGGCGGUCCCGAACAAAGUCACCACAUUUGCUUUUGGGAGGAUUGUCCCAGGGAAGGGAAAUCUUUUAAAGCCAAAUACAAACUCGUAAAUCACAUCAGAGUACACACAGGAGAGAAACCAUUCCCCUGCCCUUUCCCUGGCUGUGGAAAAAUAUUUGCCAGGUCGGAAAAUUUGAAAAUACAUAAAAGAACUCAUACAGGUGAAAAGCCCUUCAAAUGUGAGUUCGAUGGCUGCGACAGGCGCUUUGCAAACAGCAGCGACAGAAAAAAACACAUGCACGUGCACACUUCAGACAAGCCAUACAUCUGCAAAGUGUGCGACAAGUCCUACACACAUCCAAGCUCUCUCAGGAAACACAUGAAGGUGCAUGAGUCUCAAGGCUCAGAGUCUUCACCAGCUGCAAGUUCUGGGUACGAGUCGUCCACACCACCAGCUCUGGUGACAACAAACACAGAAGAAUCCACAAAAACACCGCCGUCAAUCGUGCAAAAUACUGCAUCACAUAACGACGGACUCCCUCCCAACUUUAAUGAAUGGUACGUUUGAAACGGAGCGAAGCAGACUCUCAAAGUACCACUCGCUUAAGGAAACCCUUUCUACGUGCAUCCUAAGGUUUUGAAAUGGGGUAAUGGAGCAACUCUUUGAGGAUAUUAUAGCAUGUCCACGCGCCACCAGGCAUCGUCCUUUCUCAGGAUUUUGAGAGUGACUUCCACGUGAGAAGCAGACAACAUAAAUAAUAAAAUAACAGUUUCUACAAAUAAUUAUGGGAUGUCCAUUUUUAGUUUGCAGAUAAUUAUUGUAUUUUUUAUUUCACGUAUUUUCUCAAAGUCUAUUUAAAAUAAAGAAAAAAGGAAGAAUCUUUCACGGUGUGUCAGGGUGACGCUCGUAUCACCUUUGAAUUGAUUGUUAAAACUUCACACGGUCUUAAUAAACGUGCCAAAGUCUUUGUCUUGAACUUGAACAAAAAUAAAUAAAUACUAAAUAUAUACUCGUGAAUGUAUUUUCCUUGUUUGAUGGGGUCUAAUCUGUUGUCAACGUCCGUUUUCAGGUGGAGAACCGUGGUAUUCAAUUACGAUUGUUACCGUUAAAUAUAUAUACCGUUGCCUUUGGUUUAUAACAAUGUAAAUACAUAUUCAUGAUGCCAUAUUUAUCCAUUUGUAAUUUAAAUAUCGGUAAAAGUUCCGACAUUGAAAUGAUAUUUAUGUAAAUGUUUUCUAACAAGACUGUACAGUUUUGGAUCAUAACCUAAUAUUAAAAAAAUCUUAAAUAUAAAGCUCACAUAUUGCGAUUGUAUCUUUUUUAAAUACACAAUUGUGUCUUGUUCUAAUAUAAAGAAAAUACGAAUUAUAUUAGUAUGGAUUUAAAGUUGUCUAUAUGGAUUUAUUUCCGUCAACUCUGUUUUAGCAUGUGAGGCCGCUAUAGGCCUUCCUCUAGCCCACAAUAUAAUUUAUGUAAAGCUGAAAUGUUUUCUUAUUUAUAAAACGAUUGCAAAGUAAUUCCCUGUCAGUACAAUUUUCCUUUAGAGUCAGGUUCAACUUAUUUGAUGUAUUUUUCUUCAUUAUUUUGGGUGUACGGUAGAUUUCAAGUAGCAUAGGCCUAUAGGCUACAACCUCACUAUGCGCUUCGAGAGUAAUUCAGCAGGCAUGUGACCGAUUCGUUUCUAUGAAAUUAAGUUAAAGACGCAUAUAUGUCAGAUAUAUUCCAAUCGGAAUUAAUAUGAAUACGUCCAAUACGUGAGUGAAAACACCCCAAAACUAAUAUUGAGUUAUUUAUGGUUCCAGAAUCGAUUGUCUUUGUGGAUGCAAAAUGUGUUUUAGUGUGUGCAUCAGUGUUGCAGCACAGUAACUUAAAAUAAAUAAAAGGUUUCUGUU